GUAUCGAGUCUAUGUCAAGGUAUGUGUCCCCGGUGAACCCUGCCAUCUACCCACACUUGACGUUAGUCCUCAUGAGCAUUGGGAUAUUCUUCACAGCAUGGUUCUUUGUGUAUGAAGUCACCUCCACAAAGCUCACAAGAGACUUCUUCAAGGAGUGUCUCAUUGCCCUCGUUGCUUCUGUGUUUAUGGGAUUCGGCAUCUUGUUCCUACUUCUAUGGGUAGGGAUAUAUGUCUGAGAGGGUUUAUAAGGAUAUAGAAGCGUAAAAAUGAGCAUUUGGAAGUGAGUGAAAGGUGAGGCACCAUAGUCAUUCCAGCAAAUUGAAGUCUGAUUCCAUGUUGUGACUGAAAUAAAGGGUUGUUUUUUUUUCCAA